AUGGUCGGGCAAAGGAGGAAUAAGCCCAGAGAAGCGGCCGCGGAGCCGCUGCACUCUCCGCGCUUCCUGCAGGCGAGGCGGCGGCGGCGCCGGGCCACCGGGGAGGCGCAGAGGGAGGAGGAGCCGCCGGAGCAGGCGGAAAGGCGGGAGCUGCCCAGGCCCGUAGGCUGCGGGCGCCUGCCCCGGGGCGCCCGGCCCUGCUCUCCGCGGAGGACCCGAAAACUGAAGGCGCAGAACUGCCUGCAAAUGGAACUGGUCGCCAAGACCCUGUUUCUCCGCCGCUUCCAAUUCUUCAACUCUGUCCUGGAGCAGCUGCGCGACAAGGUGCAUCUAUUGCGGAGACGCCAGCUCUCGUUCCGGACGACGGUCAGCGUAGCUGCCUUUAUAGGAGUUUUGCACUGGAUACAUUUAGUAACACUCUUUGAAAAUGAUCGUCAUUUUUCUCACCUCUCAUCUUUGGAACGGGAGAUGACUUUUCGCACUGAAAUGGGACUUUAUUAUUCCUACUUCAAGACCAUUAUCGAAGCACCUUCGUUUUUGGAAGGACUGUGGAUGAUUAUGAACGACAGGCUCACUGAGUAUCCCCUCGUCAUUAAUACAGUGAAACGCUUCCAUCUCUAUCCAGAGGUGGUUCUAGCCUUCUUGUACCGCACAUUUGUGGGAAUAACGAAUUUAUUUGGGGUAGAAACUAAGACCUGCUGGAAUGUCACCAGAGUAGAACCUCUAAAUGAAGUUCAAAGCUGUGAAGGAAUGGGAGACCCUGCUUGCUUUUAUGUUGGUAUGAUUUUUAUUUUAAAUGGAAUAAUGAUGGCAUUGUUCUUCAUGUAUGGUGCGUAUCUGAGUGGGACUCAUCUUGGAGGUCUAAUUACAGUAUUAUGCUACUUUUUCAACCAUGGAGAGGCCACCCGUGUGAUGUGGACCCCGCCUCUCCGGGAAAGCUUUUCAUACCCGUUCCUUGUACUUCAGAUGUUCAUUUUAACUUUGAUUCUCAGGACCUCGAACAUCAAUAGAAGGCAUUAUAUGGCACUUUGUCUUUCUAACGUUGCUUUCAUGCUACCUUGGCAGUUUGCUCAGUUUAUCCUUUUUACACAGAUAGCCUCAUUAUUUCCCAUGUAUGUCGUGGGGUACAUUGAGCCAAAUAAAUUCAAGAAGAUCAUUUAUAUGAACAUGAUUUCAGUUCUCCUUUGUUUUGUACUGAUGUUUGGAAAUCCAAUGUAUUUAUCUUCUUAUUAUACUUCAUCUUUGUUAAUGACAUGGGUGAUAAUUCUGAAGAGAAAUAACAUUCAAAGAUUGGGAGUGUCUGAACUCAACUUUUGGCUAAUUCAAGGUUGCAGUUGGUUAUGUGGAACAAUCAUUUUGAAAUUUCUGACAUCUAAAAUCUUGGGCGUUUCAGACCAUAUUCGCCUGAGUGACCUUAUAGCUGCGAGAAUCUUAGGGUACACAGAUUUCGAUACCUUAAUCUACACCUGUGCUCCCGAAUUUGACUUUAUGGAAAAAGCGACACCACUGAGAUACACAAAGACAUUAUUGCUUCCACUUGUAAUGGUGAUUACUUACUUCAUCUUUAAAAAGGCUUUUCGUGAUAUUUUAUGUGUCUUAUCCACAAACACUUAUCUAAGGAAACAGCUCCUUGAACAUGGUGAGCUCAUCUUUCACACGCUGCAGCUGUUCGCAUUUUCGGCUCUUGCCAUUUUGAUCAUGAGGCUGAAGCUGUUCUUGACCCCUCACAUGUGCGUUAUAGCCUCUCUGAUCUGCUCGCAACGGCUCUUUGGCUGGCUUUUUUGCAGAGUUCGUUUUGAGAAUCUUAUCUUUGGCCUCCUCACAGUCAUGUCACUACAGGGUUGUGCAAACCUCCAUAAUCAGUGGAGCAUCAUAGGAGAAUUUAAUAAUUUGCCUCAGGAAGAACUGAUACUGUGGAUCAAACACAAUACCAGACCAGAUGCUGUGUUCGCGGGGGCCAUGCCGACCAUGGCGAGUGUGAAGCUGUCCACUCUGCGCCCCAUUGUGAAUCACCCACACUACGAGGACGCGGACCUGAGGGCCCGGACAAAAAUAGUUUAUUCCACAUAUAGUCGAAAACCUGCAAAAGAAGUAAGAGAUAAAUUGUUGGGAUUGCAUGUGAAUUACUUCAUUUUAGAAGAAGCGUGGUGUGUGGUGAGAACUAAGCCUGGCUGCAGCAUGCUUGAAAUUUGGGAUCUAGAAGACCCCUCCAAUGCAGCCAGCCCUCCCCUGUGCAGCAUCUUGCUCAAGGAUGCCCGGCCUUACUUCACCACGGUGUUCCAGAACAGCAUGUACAGGGUGUUAAAGAUCGGCUGA